CUGGAAACGCAAGCCGGAAGUGAAGCCCCCAAGUAGGGAAAUAGUUAUAUUAUCGUUCAGGCACCUUUUAUUUAAAUUUAAAGGGUCCCGUUCUACUUUCCAGAUUGGGUUCAAAGUUGUAUUUGCGGAGUCUGCGUCCUUGCUACAAGUGGCUGUCCGAAAGACCGAUGGGCGGCGCGCUGUCGUGAUUACGUGGAGGAGCCCCGCAGAACGAGAUGAGCCCAAGAUGCGACAGGGUGCUACAAACUGAUGCCGUUGGAAGGGUACCACCUAUAAAGUAGACUGUCCACAAAUCUAACUGGGGACGGCGGUGGUGGCGGCGGAGUAGAAGAAGAAGAAGACGACGACGGCGGCGGAGGAGGAGGAGAGAAGGAGAAGGAGAAUUAAGAGUUGCGGUGCCUGUUGGGCUGUCGGGACGCUAAACGCCACGUCACUAAGUGAGACCUCCGCCGUCGCUGUGAUUUCCACGUUAGAACGAGAACUUUUUUUCCUAUGAUGUCCUGAUCGCUCGUGUUUCCCGCAUAGUCAAACGAAGUGUUUAUUAUUUGCCCUUUCAAAGGCUCAACAGUCACCAUGACGGGGUCCAACUGGGGUUUGAUUAUGAACGUCGUGAACAGCAUCGUCGGGGUCAGCGUGCUGACCAUGCCCUUCUGCUUCAAGCAGUGUGGCAUCGUAUUGGGGGCACUCCUGCUUUUCUUCUGUUCCUGGAUGACCCACCAGUCCUGCAUGUUCCUGGUAAAUGCAGCAAGCAUCAGCAAGCGUAGGACGUAUGCAGGCCUUGCCUACCAUGCCUAUGGAAAAGCAGGAAAAAUGUUAGUAGAGACUAGUAUGAUCGGCUUGAUGUUGGGGACAUGUAUUGCCUUCUAUGUAGUUAUUGCAGAUUUAGGCUCCAGUUUCUUUGCUCAAUUAUUGGGCCUUCAGGUGACUGAAAGAAUCCGUAUUGUCCUGCUCAUCGCUGUUUCUGUUUUCAUUGUCCUGCCGCUGAGCCUUCAGAGAAACAUGAUGUCCUCCAUUCAAUCUUUCUCUGCCAUGGCCCUCAUCUUUUAUACCCUCUUCAUGUUUGUGAUAGUGUUGUCUUCACUUCGUUACGGGAUAAUCAGUGGGUCUUGGGUGGAGAAAGUUCACUUCUGGCGUGUGAAUGGGGUCAUUCAGUGCCUGCCUAUAAUUGCGACUACCUUCUGCUGCCAUCCACAAGUGCUUCCCACUUACGACAGUCUGGAAGAACCUUCAGUCAAGAGGAUGAGCAACAUCUUCACAUCUUCGCUAAAUGUUGUAACUGCCUUUUAUGUCACUGUUGGCUUCUUUGGCUACGUGAGCUUUACAGAAAAUAUCGCUGGCAACGUUCUGAUGAAUUUUCCAUCAAAUCUUGUGACGGAGAUGAUUCGUGUUGGGUUCAUGAUGUCUGUGGCUGUUGGCUUUCCCAUGAUGAUUCUACCUUGUCGACAAGCUAUUAACACUCUUGUGUUUGAGCAACAGCAGAAGGACGGCACAUUUGCAGCAGGCGGGUAUAUGCCCCCUUUGAGAUUCAAAGCAGUGACGCUCUGCAUUGUGUUUGGCACCAUGUUGGGUGGGAUUCUCAUUCCAAAUGUGGAAACCAUACUUGGACUUACAGGAGCCACAAUGGGAAGCCUAAUUUGCUUUAUCUGUCCAGCCCUGAUUUACAAACGAAUCCACAAGAAUGGCCUUUUUGCUCAGGCUGUGCUAUGGGUAGGCCUUGGAAUCCUGAUCAUUAGCACUUUCACAACGCUAUCAGCAGCUGGAAACCAGCCUGUGAAAUUAGAGGACUCGCAGGUGAUCAAGGACCCACUUGUAGAAGGAAAGGAAGUGGCGCAGCAAGAGCUGCCAAAUAUUCCAGUUGAAAACCCAGUAAUAGAGGAGGCAGUGGAUGCACGAGAGCGACCGAAGCCACCAGAAGCUGGAGAGAAAGAUCCUGCAGAGCCCCCUCAAAUCAUAGGACCUGUCGAGAUUGCAGAGAAGAAUAAGAAAAAACAGGAAGAGGUUCAGCUGGACCGACCGGAUCCUGGGGUUGCUCUUCCAGUUGGGGAAGCUCAUCGACAUGAGCCACCUAUACCCCAUGAUGAAGUGCUCGUGGAUGAGAGAAAGGAUAAGGAGGACUCGGCAGAGAAAGCGCCAUUGAAAAAUAACGCUAUAGAACAGCCUAUAGGUGUGGCGCAACCAGUGGUUGUAAACGAAGAGAAAGCCAUUGAAGAGGGGGCUGCAGCUGUGAUAGACAAGGACCCUGGGGAUCAUUUAGACAUUCUGCAAGAGAAUAAAGUCCUCCAGAAACCGAACAAUCAGGAAGGACUACCAGCUUACAAAGAUCUUCAGGAUGCAGAGAAAGUAGAGCCCCGCCAGGAGGAUAUGCAACCAGAGAAGAAGGAUGAAGAAGCAAAGCCAAAAGAAGAUGUGAAAGCACCUGAGCAAAAUGACAAAAAUGAUGUAGGAGCAGAUGAACAACAGGAUGCACUUUUGCGAGAGGAGAGAAAUGCAAAUGUUAAAGAUGAGUUACAUCAGGAAAAGCUUGAUGCUGAAAUUAAAAAGCUUGUGGCAGAGGCUAACCGAGCUGAAAAACUGGACCAUGCUAUGCUCCUGCAGGUUAUCAAAGAGCAGCAGGAACAGCAGAAGAGACUGUUAGACCAUCAGGAAAAACUACUGGAGGUUAUUCAGAAGCAACAUGACGAGAUUCACCUGCAGAAACAAGAGGGAGAGGACAAGCCAGCAGAGAUGUCACAGGAAGAACAGGAACCACAAAAAGAAAAGAAGUCUGCAGAACAGCAGGGUGCUGAAGGCGAAGAUUUGCAUGAGGUGCAGCAAACUGGAGGAGCAGAUGCUUUAGUGGAAGUCCAGCACGACGAUCAACAUCAUGAAUCGCAUAAAUUAGAACACCAGCACAAUCCUUCUCUUCCUCAGGAUGAGUCCAAGCUUUUGGCACCAGUUCCUCACGAUCCAGAGGCUGAAAAUAAGAAGCCUGUCGUAGUAAAGAAAGAAGAUGAGGACCACGUUGCCAAGCACGUGAACGACGUGGUGCUGCUUGUUCCAAAAGUCCAAGAAGAGACUGUGAACGAGGAAGUAAGAUCCAAGAUUGACUUGCUGAAGCAGAAGGAUCCUGCCAAAGAGCGAGAGCAAGUGCAGUCGAAGCCACCACAGGCAGAGCCUCUACCAGUGGAGCUGAAUCUGAAUUUGAAAGAGGAGCAAGCGCAGAAGGACGGCCAGAAUUCUAUUGUGAUAAAAGCCGAGAAGAGUCCGAUUGAUCAUGGAGAAGUGGGGGCCAGGGGCGUUCCCCUAGGGAAGAAGGUUCAGGACCCAUUGUUGAAACAUUCCAAAUCCUUUGAAGCCGACAAGGAGAUCAUUGGACUUGAUGGUGAUCAUGCCAAGCAUUUGAAAAAUGCAAUUGAUGAAGGAGAAAAAGAAGCAGCAGCGGCAGUGGUGGCGCCCGUUGUGGAUUUGAAGCCACAAGCAAAGGUCCACAUGCAGAAUUCUGACACUGCCGUCAAUGAUCCGGUUCAGAAAGCUGAAGAUCCCAAAAGCCGCCAGCAGAUUUGAAAGUGCAGCAUGCAGAAGACAACCUCAGGAGGGGUGCAGAACAUCUGCAUAGUGAGGAGAGUAAAAAGAAACAGGCCGAUGCAAUACACGUAGAGCAGGGUGGCCAGCUUCAGGGCAGGGGGGUGAUUGACGAUAAGGCCAACCACAACGCAGGUGAGAUGGAUCUGAAACGAAGGAAGAAAAGGGAGCUGCAGGACCCGCUGGCCGCAGUGCAGCUAGUGGGCUUAGAACCCCUGAUGAACCUGGAAGGAUUCAAACUGCCUGGCGCAAUGGAGGCUCGACUUGUAGCCGGAUCUCUGGUUCACACCCGUCAGAUUAAGCAAGAGACAUUGACCAACCGAGAAAGAAGAUUGAAUAUCAUCAACGCUGGAUUAAACAAACUUGGUCACUAAAGAUGACUUCUGUUUUUUAUUUUUCUUAAACUGGAGAGAGUCCAUUUAUUGGAAUGGGAUUGGUGGGGAAUUAACUGUGUUUCACCCCUUGGAGAUGAACAAGGACUCGCUCGGCAUUCGAUAAGGACCGCACCUUCAUCUGAUCAGAUUAUGGUGCCAACACACACCCCACUCCCUUCUGCCCUCUCACCAUUACACAUUCUCAUUUACUAUUUUGAUUUUUAGUUUGCAACUGUAAAUACUUAACAAGUGUUGGACCCAAAGGGUUCAUUGGAAUUUUGACACAGCUGUACGUUUUUUUGGUAUUUAUUUUUUAAGUUAAAGCUAGAGCUCAUCCAUGCUGUGGUCCUUAGGGCCGGAGCGAAGCCUGCCAGAUCAUCUCGAUUUUACCCCCCUGCAGUCAAAAGGUGCCACAAUAAUAAAUGCUUUACUAUCAAGGACUGGAAUAACGUUUGGGUUCAACCGCCAACUGAAGCCCCGGCGCCCACGCGGAAGGAUUCCGGAUGGACAAUCAGCAGCUGUUGUCUUCUCUACAGGACACAUCAGGUUUGACUGUUUUUGAAUUACCGGGUGUUUUUAGAACUUUACUGAAAAGGCCUGUUUUUUUUACAUAAAACCUCACCUCGUGUCACAAACUGACAUGUCCUGCUAUGACAUAAGAAGUUCCUAACCUGUCCUUCUCCCUUUAAUUUAGCGGGAUGUGGAAUUGGGAGACCCCAGACACUGCACUCCUACCUGGUGUGCCUGACCUGUGCGCAGAUUUGCGUCACAAUAUUAGAAAAGUACCUUCAAUUUUUUAGUAACUAUUAUAUAAACAAUGACGUCCAUAAAUUAGUUUUUUGUUCAAUGCAAUCCUGGUUAGAAAACCAUUCAGGACUCCGAAUCCACCAUUUUGAAGUGCUUUGUAAAGCUUCACUGCGGUUGCUGUUUUCACAUGAACCUGCGUUGUCACUAAUUGCACUUUACUCUCACUUUCAGGGAGGGGAAAGGACGGAGAGUGAGACAAUGAGGUGGUUUGCAAACGAUACGUUACUGUUGUGCCAAUUUGCAGACUUCAGUGUUUUGCUUCACAGACCACUUCGAUGCACGACGCGGGGGGCCGCUAGGACAAGCGCACGUCUGCCGCCGUUCAUUUUCGAUGCUUUUUCGCUUUAGAGGGUAGAGUGGUGCUCACGUUAUUUGUGCUGUAAACUGCCUGACCCAAACCUCUGCUUCAAGUGCCUUCAUUCCUAGUGGACUUUUAACGAGAUCUUGACAUGAGAAUCGCAGUUUAUUGCUGGUGUUCCUUCUCAGGAUUUUGCGCCCAAAGCGGAACAGCUACGAAAGAUUAAGAUUCAAAAAUAGAACAUGAGACGUACUUUCUUUUUUUCCGUCCAAAGAGACAAACGUGCAUUGCCGAUAGUUUAUAGGGGAUGCAACAGGAACGUUAUCCUGAAAGAAAUUACAGUUAAGUUUUCAAGCUUGGUUAAAAUAUGGAAAUUUGUACAUAAAACCGUAAAACCUCCUCCUUUAUUAGAUUCAUAAGCUUAGGUUGUGUGCAGAUGUGCCUGAGACAAACGAUCCCUCGCCACUUUCUGCUACGUUUAUAUGCAUCAAGAUGCCAUUUAUUAAAUCAUUUGAUUCAUUCCGAGGGUUGCUUUACUCUUCUAUGGACCAACCACUUUUUCUUUGUCUUUUUAAUUUUUGUAGCAAAUUAAGAUUUGAAAAGAGAAUACAAAGUGAGCGCUCAUUUCGACUGUUUUGGGUAUGAAAGACAAGAUUAUGUUUAGUGUUGUUUUGUUAUUUAUGAUUGCACACAAAUGGUUUAGUAAGUCGGUAACCUUCAGUCGUUUUGGUAACAAUGAAUCUCAAAAUCUGAACAAAUUCUAUUCGAGGAGAUUAAAGGGUGAACGUUUAAGAGAAAAAAAAACAAGUAUGGAACUCCUGGGUGGAUGAAACUGUAACGCCAAAACAAGGAGACUCGAGUGCUACCGCGUUAAAACACGUAAGGAAAUCGGGAGAGCCCUACCUGUGGACCAACAAUUCGUGUUUCCGUGUCCCAGCUCUUGUAUCAUGAUCUUUUGUUUUUCGCUUUCUUUCUAUAUUAUCAUUAAACCAGUUACCCCAUUCAGUGUGUUUUACAGUGUCCAGUCUCGGCCUGCAGUGGCGAUUUGCAAUUUCUGCUCCUCCUUCACGUGUAACCAGAGCUACUUCAAGGCCGGGCUGUCUGAGUAGAAACAGACACUGAAGUAUGAUGGUUCUGAAACGUGUGCUAAACAAAAAUAAAAUAUCUCUUCAACA